AUGACUCCCCACUCUGUUGCAACGCUUGAGAUUGUAACAUCUGAGCGCGUCAUAUCUCUGAUGUACAUACUUUCACUAAAACUCAGCCAGGAGUUUUCGUUUGGCAUAGAUAAAGGCUCCGAAUCCUCGUAUAUUUACUCUACCCGGAAGAUGAAUAAUAUCACCAGAAAAAUAAACAGUCUCAGUCUCAACAGACCUUUGUAUCAGAACCAGCAAUACAAAUGAUUUGCUCAACAUGCCACGGAAAACUUGUGAUGCGUCCUCGGACACGAGAAGGCAGAUCGCAUAUAGCAGCCGACUUUCGUGCAGUUGCAUCUAUCUUGACCUCGAGCAUGACAAAAAACGGUCUGUAGAAAGUUGCGCUUUUUUACAACAAGUUGAGACUGAGACACUUUUUGCUUGCGAUGCUGAAGAUGAAACGUGGCCUCUCUGUCGUCGACGAUGACAUAAUACAGGACCAACACGUCAUAUCUUGUGUAAAAACGAGGUCCCCAACGAACUCUCCAGAGCCAAGUAAAUUUUGCAUAGUGCGCGAGUGGUCAACAAGGUUUACUAGUUGUCGGGCAUAACUUACAUGUUUGGGUCUGCUCUAGAUAGUUGUAUUGUCGUGCUGGUUGAAGGCUAGUGGUAGUGGCACAUCACAAACCGAAACCUAGCAGCUCCAUUGUAUGCCUAUGCCACUUAAUACAGCAUGAUGUUGACAAAGUCCCACGGCAUAAGAAAAAAAAUGCUCCUAGAACUGAAGAGGCUGCUUCGCAUGAGACAAAGCAUGAGCAUGCAAAUAUGCCUGAGGACAAUUCUGGCAAGAACUCAUGGGAACGCUUUUUUACAUAGGAUCGUGUGCGUGUCAACUAAAGCCCGCAAUGCUGGCCACGACCUCCGGUAUUUACAACAACUGAUUAUGCGAGGAGAAACAAAUUUAUUUACAAAACGAACAAGAACCUAAUAAGCCAAAUCACUUUCAUCAAAUGUACACUUAUUUUUGCGAUUUUGUGAUCGUAAACAAGAAAAAGAAGUAGAGCAGCAUUUCCGUUCCAUCUGCCUGACCGCUAGUUGUAUGCAAGCACUAGCAUUUGUCGCCGCAGCACGGCAUGAUCAAAUUUUUCACCGGUCGUCGUGUACCGAGAGUUACUUGUUCAGAAUCAUUGACGAGUUGCAGCCCAGGUGUGUCGCUGAUGAACAAAUGAAUGCAUAUAUGAAUGCAUAUUAAAAACAAACAGCGCAUCUCCAACAAGUGCAAACUAUGUGUAUGCAAUGACCAUGAGGUGAAUGAGAAUG